AAAUUGCCAUUAUGAAUACAAACCAAAGUCUUUCAAUUGCCAUUCAAGAACAUUUAAUCCUGGGAAUUCGUAAUCCGUUUUAUGAGUCAAGCCCCUCCCAAGAUUCACAAGAUUCAGAAGCUUUGACUGAUCUUACUACUGG